AAGACGAGAUGGCUGCAUCCAAAUUGGCAGCAGAACCAGCAAAACAGUAUUAUUCAUAUAACCAGAUUCAUGCGCUCAUACAGUCUUCCAUUCCCUCCUUCAAAGACGUCCCAGAUGCCUUGGUAGCCAUAAGUGGCGGUGGGCUUAUACCGGCCCGAAUUCUUCGCACUCUCCUUAAAGCACGAUACAAGAAAACUGUUCCAAUCCGUGUAAUUGGUCUCCAACUCUACGAUGACGAUGCAGAACAUAUUGGCGCCACAGGUGUAAAACGGACCCAAUGGCCUUGUGCUGAUGAAUGGGGUGAUGUGCGGAAUGUGCUUUUGGUGGAUGAGGUUGAUGAUACGAGGACAACACUGGAAUAUGCGGUUGAGAAUUUGCGUCGGGACUUGGGAAAAGGUGUGUCAAUAGGGGUAUUUGUUGUUCAUAACAAGCUGAAGGAAAAGAGAGGGACACUACCCAAGGAAGUGGAGUAUAUUGCUGCAUUGGAUGUGGAGGAUCUUUGGGUCGUGUAUCCAUGGGAUGCCGUGGAUAUUGAAGAGCAUCAACAAAAGUGUGAUGAGCAGCGAUAGGUGAUAUUGGCAAUAUAGCAGGGAAUUACAAUAAUGUUGCACCUUGCUUUCUAUCAACGGUUCAAGACAGGCCGUGGUUUUGAGAACCUGCGAUAUCAAGUACAAUUGAUGACCACGCGCGAUCAGAUCUAACAUCUCUUUAUUGGCGUCUACAUAACACAAUAAAUUGUGACAUCAGCCAUCUAUCC